CUAAUUUUGGCCAGGACGCACAGAUCCCCAUCCCGCUCUGUGACAAAAUUACAUUUAUAUCUGGUCAUUGGACAGUUUAAAUUUUACCCUUUCUUCUCAUGCAUUUUCUUAAAUAUUUUUCUGUUCUUCAGUGUAAUAAGAGCUAAACUAGAGUCUGGGAUAUUUGUUCUUUCUGUUGUAAUAUUUUUUUUUUCUGGUUGAGAGAUUUUGCACCGAAGAAGAUAAACAGCCCUACCCACCUCUCUCUCUCUCCAACGGGAGUCACCAAAAGGAAAAGUCAAGACUGAUGUUUUCAUCCACUCACAUGUAGAAGCGUUUGGACUAUUAUUGUUGACACUCAUUCACUGGGUCGAUUUUUUAUGAACAGAUUCCCCGCAACGGCACCCUAAGGGAGGAAUAUCGAGACAUUUGGCUGAUAAAAAAAAAAAAAAAAAGCAUAAAAUCAAUCGGAACUCCAUCAUGGGCUGCCCCCUCUUGCGGAACGCGUUUGCUGGUUUGAUUCUGGUUCUGCUGUCUAAAGGGACCAGCGUGCACGGAGCAGAAUUCGGGCACCUGCCGGACAACAUUACAGUGCUGGAAGGCGAAAGCGUUACUUUGAGAUGCCGUAUUGAUGAGGAGGUGACCCACAAGGCCUGGCUGAACCGCUCUAAUAUCCUUUUCACGGGGACAGAUAAGUGGUCAUUGGACAGGCGUGUAACACUGGUCAACAGCAACAACAGCGACUUCUCCAUUCACAUUGACAAAGUGCAAGUAACUGAUGAGGGGCCCUACACCUGCACCUUCCAGGCCAAUAACAAGCCUCGCAUCGUCCAUGUCUACCUCAUUGUUCAAGUGCCAGCCAGAAUCGUCAACAUCUCAAAAAAUGUGUCGGUGAAUGAGGGGGAGAAUGUAAACCUCUAUUGUCUGGCAGUCGGCCGGCCUGAGCCCACUGUCACCUGGAAAGACCAGAAAUAUGGGUUGGUAAGUGAGGGGGAGUUCCUGGACAUCACAGAGAUCAAAAGGCAGCAGGCAGAGGACUAUGAAUGCAUCACCAACAAUGGUGUGGCCCCCCCUGACCAGCGUAAGGUCAAAGUCACAGUGAACUACCCUCCCAUGAUCACAGACAUGAAGAACAUGCCAGCCCAUUUGGGGAAGACAGCCAUCUUGCGCUGUGAAGCCAUGGCAGUUCCACCAGCCUCCUUUGAGUGGUACAGAGACGAUCAUAGGCCGGUAGAGAGUGACAACACCCUAAGGAUCAAAAAUGAGAAGACACGCUCGCUGUUGCUAUUCACCAAUGUGACAGAGAAACAUUUCGGCAACUACACCUGCUUUGCCUCAAACCGUCUGGGGGCUUCCAACGCCAGUAUGCUGCUGUUUAGACCAGGGGCCCUACAGGGGCGAGGGACCGGUUUACGGGCAGGGAUGAGUGUCAUCAUGUGCGUUUGGGUUUCCCUCUCUGCUGUUCUUCUGCUGAAGGUGUAAUGAUCAAUCUCCACCUGGAAUCGUCCUUAAAUGUCCCUGAGCACCCCACCUCUCCCUCCCCACCCUCGCUCCCACUCAACGGAAGGAAAACGGAAAUGAAAUUCUUUAAUUGCGAACCCAUCACUGUGAACAAAAAGAUUAUGCAUUAUUCCAGGAGCCAUUGAAUCAUUGCAUCAAACACAAACC